AUGAAUUCUCCAUCAACAUUUUCAGGUGGUCGUAGAGGAUCAUUUUCAGAGACCAAAUAUAUUUAUAAUAAAUCAAGAACUGGACCAUAUCCAGCAAGAAAUGUAUCAAGACAACAAAGAAGUUUAACAUUUAAUGAAACUUUUAGAGCAUUAUUUCCAGCAGUAUUUGCAGUAUUACUCUCUUUAAUGGUAUUAUCAGCAUUCAAUCAUUUACAUGGUAACAAAGUUAUAGAGUGGAUCAAUGAUAAUGCUAUAAGUAUCCCAGGUUAUCGUAAACAUUCAACAACCGAUUUAAUGGAAAGACCAACAACUGAAAUUAUGAAAAUCGAUGGAGUUGGAAAACCACCCUUUGAUUUGGCUGAAUAUGAAAAAUUGGGUCCAAAAACAUCUGGUUCCUACUGGGCAAAUAAAGGACGUGGUCAAGAAUAUCAAAAUAUGAAAAAUAGAAAAAUUGACUACAAAUCAAUGAUAAAUACAAAAUAUCAAAGUUAUGGUCCAUUUGCUUCAUCUUCUUAUUAUGAAAAUAUUGGUAAAAUGAAAGAAUAUGAAGAUAGAAAAAUUUCAAACCAAUUUAAUUAA